AUGAUACUGGAUCCAUCUGCACCUCACCCUGAGAAACAUGAUGAAUUGGAGGUCAGGGAAUUCUGGAACUCGAUGGAGAAGAUAGUAACUCAGCACGCUGAAUCUGGAAAUGAUGAGCAAGUCAAUUCCCAAUUGGUGGGCUAUAUCAAGACUGCUUGUGACUCCUAUAUGAAAUUUAUCAACUCUGAUAGGGAUUUGUGUCAUAUGGCGGUAAUUUUGACUGAAUCGACUGCCUUCAAAGAACACAGGGAAUUCUGUCUGAGCAAAUUACUCUCGUUAUUGAAUAUUGAUUUAUUGGAAAUGAAUAUGAAGUUUAUCAUUGCGUAUGUGCUUCUUUGGGAAUCCAAAAAUAAUCUCAACUGGUUGGAAACCAUGCUAGAGUAUCAAGGGUUCAAUGUAUUUUACAACACUCUAUACACGCAAUUUGCUUACUUGAACAAAUAUGGUGAAGACAAGAAUAUAGGUCAAGAAAGAAUUACUAAUCCCGAUCUGGCAGAGCUCACGGAUAUCGAAUAUAAGAUUGUGGAUGAGAUGAAGCAGAUAUCAACCGUUUUGAUGGAUCUCUUGUUCCAGGUUCUGAAGUACUGUAAAUGUUCAGUCAAGAACAUUCAACUGGUUGAUGAUUUCUUUGUCUACUUUCUCAUGACGUCCAUACGAUCAGACACUAUGACUGAUAUCUUCAACAAUGCUCAAUUUAAGUUGUUGUUGGCCUUGAAUGAGCAGUAUAUGAUACUGAACAAGGAGUAUGAAUUUGAAAAUAAAGUGUUUCAAUACCUUACCAGUGACUCAGUGCAUACCAGGUUCACAGAGCUGCUACUCUUAAAAUUCAACAGAGUUCAAGACAAAUCCCUACAAGUUAUGAUGUGCAAGAUCAUAUAUCUAAUUCUGACUGCAGAAGAUGGAUCAGUGGCGAUGAACUUCUUUUAUUUGAAUGAUUUACACGUCUUUGUUGAUGUUCUGCUAAGAGAACUUGAAAACAUACCGGAAAAUGAAGAGACUUUAAGAAACUACUUCCUCAGAAUAUUGAUCCCUCUUCUCAAGAAUACAGAACUAUCUAAGACACAUUACAGAAAGGAUGAUCUCAUAAAAACACUGUCAUAUUUGUCCUCAGUAGAGAACUUCUGCGGCAGUGCCAAAGUUACGAAAGAACACGAGACGACCGCGAAACUGGCAAAUAAACUUUUAACAAAAGUGGAUUGGCUGGGAUGCGUGCGUGCAGAAACUGACACAUCUGGCUCCGAUACAAGUAGAAAAUCUAGCGUCAGCACCUUGGGUAUUACUCCAACCACUACUCUCCAAAGUUAUGUUGAUAGAAAGCCCGGAUUCUAUAAGAGUCCAGAGCCUAGACAUUCUGCAGAGUCUCUCGGGAAACGAAAAUCAAGACCGCCCCCUCCUUUACCACCAUCAAGAAAGAUUGGACUUUGUAGGACUGUGUCCCACAGUGCCCCGGCAUCUCCCGCUAAGUGA